AUGACAGGUAUUUUAGAAAAAGUGAAAGAAAAUAUUUAUAAUGCACUAAUCUGUUAUUGGAAUGAUCCAAAUGAUCUUGGUUUGAUGGCAGCUUUACUAGAUCCGCAUUAUAAAAGCUUGGAUUUUGUAGAUGAUGAUGAAAAGCAACUUACUAUUCAAAAGCUUCGUGAUGAAUUUGAUGAAUUAGAAGAACCAACAUCCGAA